CCAUUUAUAAUUUCUCAAUAUUAUCCAAACAAAAAAAAAAAAAACUUGAAAGGCCGAGUUUGCUCCUCCACUCUCGUUCUCAAUCUCCACAUCUAAUAUUCUACAGUUUAUCAACACAUAAAUACUACUUCAGUAUUUCAUACUUGAGAGAAAGAAAAAAAACCACUAAUAAUCGGAGGAACAUGACAACACAAAAACCAUUACACGCCGUCGUUUUCACCCUCUCUCUCCAAGGGCACGUGAUCCCAUCCAUACACCUGGCAAUCAAGCUAGCAUCAAAGGGCUUCACCAUCACCUUCGUCAACACCGAAGUGAACCACCGUGACAUCACAAAAUCGCUCUGCCGCAACACCUCUCAAAACGAUGUCGUAGACAUCUUCUCCGCUGCUCGCGAGGCCGGUCUCGAUAUUCGGUACAGAACAGUCAGUGAUGGUUUUCCAAUAUCUUUCGAUAGAAAGUUGAACAAUGAACAGUUCUUAGAGGGUCACGUACAUGUUUUUCCGGCUCACGUAGAUGAACUCGUCCGAGAUUUAGUCGACUCGGCUGACCCUCCACUUACUUGCUUGGUCGCCGAUUCUUUCUUCGGAUGGCAAUCUGCUAUUGCCAAAAAAUAUAACCUUGUUUAUGUGUCGUUUUGGACUGAACCAGCUUUGGUUUUCUCUCUCUUCUACCACUUGGACCUUCUUCAAAUUAAUGGCCAUUAUGCAUCUCAUGAUAAUAGAGAAGACACUAUCGAGUACAUACCGGGAAUCAAAGCCAUUGAGCCAAAAGAUUUGGUAUCAUUCCUUCAAGAUACUGAUUUCUCAACAUCUAUGCAUCGUCUAAUUUCCAUGACUUCAAAAGAGAUGAAAAGUGCUGAUUUUAUUCUUUGCAACACAGUCCACGAGCUUGAGUUUGAGCCCAUUUUAGCCAUACAAGAGCAACGACCCAUGUACGCAAUUGGCCCAUUGUUUCCAUCUGGGCUCUCCAACUCCAAAACCCUAGUACCCACUAGCUUAAAACCUGAGUUUGAUUGCACACAAUGGCUCAACACCAAGCCUCAAGGCUCAGUCUUAUACGUCUCCUUUGGUAGCUUUAUCCCUUGUGAAAAGGAGAAAAUUGACGAAAUUGCCCACGGGCUUCUACUUAGCAAAAUAAAUUUCAUUUGGGUUCUUCGUGGUGAUGCAGUGAGUUAUGAAGAACCUUAUGUCCUUCCAUCUGGGUUUGAAGAUGAGAUUAAAGAUAGAGCUAUGAUUGUGACAUGGACGAAUCAAAUUGAUGUGAUCUCACACUCUGCCAUAGGAGGAUUUUUAACACAUUGUGGAUGGAAUUCAACACUAGAAAGCAUUUGGUAUGGUGUCCCAAUGUUGUGUUUCCCUCUAAAAGCAGAUCAGUUAACUAUUAGAAAAUUAUUAGUUGAUGAUUGGCGAAUUGGUGUCAACCUUUGUGAUAAGAAACCGUUGACAAGGUUUGAAGUUGCGGAGAAGGUUAAUGUGUUGAUGAGUACAAAAUUAGAUGAUAAAUUGAGGAAAGAGAUGAUAAAAUUGAGACAAAUAUCGAAGAAUGCCUUGGCCGAAAACGGAUCAUCUGAAAGGAAUUUGUGUCAAUUUGUUAGCGAUUUGAAGAACAAGAUAAUUGAAAAAGUAUAGUAACUUAAUGUAAAUGCAAUAAUAUAGGCUUUUGGUGAGUUUUUUUUUCUUUUUUUUUUUUUUCAGAUUUAUUCUUUUUAAACGAUUGCUUUGAGCCCUUCAUGUUUGUUUGUUUUUGUUUUUGUUUUUUAAAAUCAUCAUAAUCCCUUUUGUUUUGUUCCCUGCUUAUUAUUUACUUACAUUCUUAAUUCAAUGGUUAAAUUUAACUAUCA